AUGAUAGAAACAGACCAGGUGCAGCUGAGCGAGAGCACCGAUGAGAUCCUUCCAAUAGAGGAGCUACAAAACCAUGGCAUAACCAUGCCAGACAUACUCAAACUUAAACAGUACGGCAUAUGCACCAUCAAGGGUCUGUCAAUGGUAACAAAGCGCCAUCUUUCCAAAAUAAAGGGAUUGAGCGAGCUAAAAAUAGACAGGCUGAAGGAGGUGGCGGGCAAGGCGGUUCGAAUGGACUUUACGACUGCAACUGAAUAUGCGGCCAAGCGGGAGCAGGUCGUGCGCAUCGCAACAGGCAGCAGCGAUCUUGACACCCUCUUGAACGGCGGUGUGCAAACGAUGAGUGUGACCGAGAUAUUUGGAGAGUUCCGGACCGGGAAGACGCAGAUAUGCCUUACACUGUGCAUAACCGCACAGUUGCAUGAAAAUAGCAAGGUGGCCUACAUCGACACAGAGGGAACGUUUAGACCCGAAAGGCUCAGAGAAAUUGCAACAAGGUUUGACAUUGAUCAGGAAAGAGCAUUACAAAAUGUGAUAUGUGCGCGUGCAUACAACUCAGACCAUCAGGUUGAUCUUUUGAACACGCUCAGUGCACGUUUUAGCGAAGAUACCACCUACCGAUUGCUUGUAAUCGACUCUGUGAUUGCACUGUUCCGCACCGAUUUCAUAGGCCGAGGCGAGCUCGGCGAAAGACAGCAGAAAUUGAACAUUUUUCUUUCAAGACUGCUGAGAAUGGCCGAGGAGUACAACAUUGCAGUGCUUAUCACCAAUCAAAUGAUGUCCGAUCCAUCAGCUACGCUUACUUUCGUUGCGGAUCCUAAAAAGCCCAUCGGUGGGCAUGUGCUUGCACAUGCAUCGACAACGCGUAUUUAUCUGAGAAAGGGAAAAGGCGAAACAAGGAUAGCUAAGAUUUAUGACUCGCCAGAACUCCCCGAGAAUGAGGCAAUGUAUGCUAUUACGGGCGGUGGAAUAGACAAUGCAUGUGACUGA